AUGUCGUCUUUGCCAGGAACGGUACCGCGGAUGAUGCGCCCGGCUCCCGGACAGAACUAUCCCCGCACUGGAUUCCCUCUGGAAGUGUCCACUCCUCUGGGCCAGGGACGUGUCAACCAGCUCGGAGGGGUCUUCAUCAACGGCCGCCCGCUACCCAACCACAUCCGACACAAGAUCGUGGAGAUGGCCCAUCACGGGAUCCGGCCCUGCGUCAUCUCACGCCAGCUGCGCGUCUCCCAUGGCUGCGUCUCCAAGAUUCUGUGCCGCUACCAAGAGACCGGCUCCAUCCGGCCCGGAGCUAUCGGAGGCAGCAAGCCCAGGCAGUUAGCCACGCCGGACGUGGAGAAGCGGAUAGAGGAGUACAAGCGGGACAACCCCGGCAUGUUCAGCUGGGAGAUCAGGGAUAAACUGCUGAAGGACGGAGUGUGUGACAGAAGCACAGUCCCUUCAGGUGAGGCCUCCCCUGUGAGUUCAAUCAGCCGUGUGCUUCGAGCUCGCUUCGGGAAGAAGGACGAGGAGGAUGAGUGUGAUACAAAGGAUGAAGAUGGGGAGAAGAAAACGAAACACAGUAUCGACGGUAUUCUCGGGGACAAAGGUAGUCGGAUGGAUGAAGUGUCUGAUGUAGAGUCGGAGCCUGACCUCCCUCUGAAGAGGAAGCAGCGAAGGAGUCGCACCACGUUCACAGCGGAGCAGCUGGAUGAGCUGGAGAAGGCUUUCGAAAGAACCCACUACCCUGACAUCUAUACCAGGGAAGAGCUGGCCCAGAGGACCAAAUUGACUGAGGCCAGGGUCCAGGUCUGGUUCAGCAAUCGAAGAGCCAGAUGGCGAAAACAAGCAGGAGCCAAUCAGCUAGCAGCAUUCAACCAUCUGUUGCCAGGUGGAUUUCCUCCUACAGGGAUGCCAACACUUCAGACUUACCAGCUUCCAGAAUCUAGCUACCAAAACAACACUCUGUCUCAAGAUGGUGUUGGUACAGUUCACCGUCCCCAGCCGUUACCUCCAUGUACCAUGCACCAGAGUAGUCUGUCUAGCACUGACAACAGCUCAGCCUACGGUCUGGCCUCAAACCGCCACAGCUUCUCCACCUACUCUGACACUUUUAUGACCUCCGCAGCACCAAGCAGCCACGUCAACCCUGUCAGCAAUGGACUCGCCCCACAGGUGAUGAGCAUUCUGAGUAACCCAAGUGGAGUCUCCUCACAACCACAACAUGACUUCUCCAUUUCACCACUCCAUAGCGCCACCUUGGACUGCUCUCCAUCCAACGUCAUCUCAGGGAGCUGCAGCCAGCGUUCAGCCGAGGCCUCUAUUAAGACGGUGGACAGCCCUCCCUCAUCCCAGUCCUACUGCCCUCCUACAUAUGGCACCACCAGCUACAGCAUGGACUCAGCUGUGGCAGCUGCCGGCUACCAGUACAGUCAGUAUGGCCAGAGUGAGUCUGCUGUGGAUUACCUGGCAAAGAAUGUCAGCCUGUCCAGUCAGCGCAGGAUGAAGCUGGCCGACCACACAGCUGUACUGGGACUGCUGCAGGUCGAAACUGGCCCGGCCUACUAG